AUGGGUGAAAAGGCGGUGUGGGAUAAUGCCACUUUGAAGCACUUCAUUGAUAUCUGCAAGGAGGAGCUUAUUCUUGGGAAUAGACCAAAUGGUUGUUUUACUAGAAUUGGUUGGAAGAACCUUGAGGAUAAACUUUUUGCAAGAGCCGGGUUGAAACUAGUGAGGUCACAAUUGAAGAACAAAUUGGACAACAUGAAAAAAGAUUACACCGUGUUUAUGGAACUGAAAAAUGCUGCCACUGGGCUUGGAUGGGAUGAUGCGAAUCAAACUGUUGAGUGCUCUAGCACGUGGUGGGAUGAACAUCUUGCGCGAUGCAACAACCCAGAGAGAGGUAUCAAGUGUGUCCAUGUCAAGUUUCGAAAGAGGGGGCCGAAGUACCUUGAUGAUUUACAUCUGCUGUUUGAGAAUAUGGAAGAUGGAUGCGAAUAUGGAAGAGCUGGCUAG